UUCACACAGAGAUCAUUCAGCAUAAAGAAGACUGAACUCAACUCACAAUGAAGAUCCUCCUCAUCUUCCUCACUUUCUACCUGAUCUCAGGUGAGAGCUUUUCUCUUUCAUCACUGCAAUGCUUUAGCGUCACGGGAUAUUCUGGAGGAAGCGUUCUUGUUGAUUCUGGGAAACUUUGGUUCCGUGCAAAUGUUAAAUGCAUGAAUAAAUUACCCGAGUGGACAAACAUAAUGAAUAAUACGAAGCAUGACAAAUGGAUCAGUGUUGGAAAAUUCACAUUGUUUCAAAAUAAUGAGGGAAACCUCACGAUCUACAUCAGAGAUUUGAAGGAGCAUGAUGCUGGAGGAUACUGGAUUGGUGUUCUUUACAAGUGGGGUAUAGAUAUGACUUUACAUGUGGAAGAAGAUUCGUGUUGUAAAGUAUCAAAGAGAGUGAUGGCGAAUAUUGGAGAAACUGCCAAUUUCAGCUGUGAAUAUUCACAGAAUCAUAUUAAUGAUCCCAAGAUCAUAUUCAAAGAAGAAAAAGACUCCAUUGAGACGAUUUACAGCAGAUGGAAGAAGAAAGAAAGAUUCAGUAUUUCUGAUGACAAACAUAAACACAUCUUCAGUGUGAGAAUCACUGCUGUGACACCAGAUGAUGGAGGAGUUUAUUUAUGUGGAGUUUGGAUCAACAGACAAUCAUACAGUUACUCCAUUAUUAACACUGUUCAUCUACAUAUUAUGAUGCCUCCAGUAGUGAGGCAUGAAGGAGAAUCUGCUGAGAUCAUCUGCCCUUAUGAUUCAAUCUAUAAAUCAAAGCCAAAGUCUCUCUGUAAGGGGAAGUGCUCCACUAGAGACAGAAAUACUCUCAGUGAGACUGUGAGAGAAGAGAAAGAGAGCAAGACUGGCAGAUUGACUCUGAAUGAUAACGUCACUGCACGUGUCUUCACUGGGACCAUCACUGGACUGACAGCAGAGGAUGCUGGGAAAUACUGGUGUGCAGUGACAUUAGAAACAGACCUCAAUUAUCUUUACACUCAUCUGAUCGUCAUCAUGAACGAGGAGCUGAACUUGACUAAGUAUGAAGGAGACGACGUGUCAAUCCAGUGCAAACAUCAUGAUGAAGAUCAGAAGAGCUUCUGCAAAGCACAUGAAGCCUCCAUGUGUGUGAAGGAUGGAGUUUCAUUGGAGAUGAUCAGAGAUGAUCGAUUCUCUUUCAGUGAUGAAGCAUCUUCUGGAGUCUUUACUGUGAACAUCACUGAUCUGAGAGAAGAGGAUUCUGGGAUAUACUGGUGUGGAGCUCACGUCAUCACUAAAGUCAUUCUAGAAGUCAACAAAAGUGUUUCUGGAAGAAUCACGAUCUCUUGCAUUUGUGUGACUCUGCUGCUGAUGGGAGCGUCUGUCCUGUUAUUAUACAAAUUAGGAUACAUCAAGACACGAGAUCAGCACGCUUCCCCAGGCAGGACGGAGAUGAGCGAUGGAGAGGCCUCUCAUGCAGCAUGUGACUAUGAGAAUAUCAGAGAUGCCAGACUGCGCUCAGUCCCGGGAACUGAGGAAACGGUGUUAUAUUCCACUGUCACGCAUCCCACAGACUCGUCUGAUCCACACGACACGCUGUAUUCUACAGUACAGUUACCCACAAGCCCCUCUGAUGGGCUCCUGUACGCUUCGGUCCAUUUCCAGAAGCAUGAAGAGUCUCUCAGUGAUGCUAACGUAACCUUCAAUAAUGAGGAGAUUUACUGUGAUUACUCCACGGUCAUUCCCCACACGUCACUCAAGUAG